AGAGAGAGCGCACCCAGCUGGUAGACCGCGGAUUGUGUCGACAGAGCAAUCGGGCCAGUCCGACAGCUCAUAGUCCUUCGGGUUAAAAUGUCUGCCAGACCGGGCUACUAUCGGCAGGAGCUAAAUAAGACUGUAUGGGAAGUUCCCGAGCGGUACCAGAACCUAACUCCGGUGGGCUCGGGGGCCUACGGUUCUGUUUGCUCAGCGUACGAUGUGCGGCUAAGACAGAAGGUCGCGGUGAAGAAGCUGUCGCGGCCUUUCCAGUCUCUUAUCCAUAGUAGGCGCUCGUAUCGAGAGCUGCGGCUACUCAAGCACAUGAAACACGAGAAUGUAAUAGGACUUCUGGAUGUAUUCUCUCCUGCCACAUCAUUAGAGGACUUCCAUGAAGUUUACCUGGUAACCAACCUGAUGGGGGCAGACCUAAACAACAUAGUCAAAUUCCAGCGUCUCUCCGAUGAGCAUGUGCAGUUCCUGAUUUAUCAGCUGCUCAGAGGCCUUAAGUACAUCCAUUCAGCUGGACUGAUCCACAGAGACCUGAAGCCUAGUAACGUGGCAGUGAAUGAGGACUGUGAACUGAGGAUUCUCGACUUCGGAUUGGCCAGGCAGACGGAUGAUGAGAUGACAGGGUAUGUGGCGACUCGCUGGUAUAGAGCGCCAGAGAUCAUGCUCAACUGGAUGCACUACAAUCAGACAGUGGAUAUCUGGUCAGUGGGAUGCAUUAUGGGAGAACUGCUGAAGGGGAAGGUCCUGUUUCCCGGCAACGACUAUAUUGACCAGCUGAAGAGGAUCAUGGAGGUGGUGGGCACCCCGACCCCAGACCUUCUACAGAAGAUCUCCUCUGAACAUGCUCAGAAAUAUAUCCAGUCACUACCCUUCAUGCCCCAGCAGGACUUAGAGAAGAUAUUCAGAGGAGCCAACCCACUGGCUGUGGAUCUGCUGAAGCGCAUGCUAGUUCUGGACUGUGACGGGCGUAUCUCGGCCAGUGAGGCUCUCUCCCACCCUUACUUCUCCCAGUACCAUGACCCGGAUGACGAACCAGAAGCUCUGCCCUACGACCAGACCCUGGAAAGCAAGGACCGUACGCUAGAGGAAUGGAAAGAGUUAGUGUUUGAGGAGGUGAAUGGAAUCAAAGCGCCUGUUAGCAAGACAGACAGCCUGCAGGUGGAGCAGUAAGACACUCUUACUGCUUCCCUCUGCUCAGCCUCUCCCUUCACCGGAGAAAGGACUGCCGCCUUGUCACUGUUUGUCUGUCUAAAAGUCGGCUUUGGGGAAGACGGAAGAAUCAGACAGAAAGAGGAUUUGCAAGCUCAUUGGAGAAGCCGCUGUGUCCCCUAUAGGCAUGAUGCCUCUCCCCUUGCCUAGUGUAUCUGUCUGACUGCAUGAGUAUUGUUAAAUGCCGACAGGAGGAGUGGAGAUCUGGCUAAACUCAAAGGGCCGAGAAUAUGCACAUUAAGGUUACAGGGAGCAUGAUUGGAGAGCUAUGUGUUGUUUACAGUCUGUUGAAGGGAAGAUGAAGGGCUAAGUAAGAAUAGCACAAGUGUUACCUAAGGCUGGGAUACAUUGGGGAGUCAUGAAUUCAGCAUUCACAUUGGCACUGAAUAGGCGGGACAGUCAGUCACGUAAAUAAAGAAAGAAGCCACAUUCCCUUUGUCGCAUCUGCCAAUGGCAUUGAGUUGAAGAAUAAGUCAGGGUUUUUAUUUUCUGCUGCUCUCGACCGCCUCAGAGCCGUUAAACGUAUCGUCACGGGUGGACAGACGACAUAAGCAACUGCAUUGCAAACACAACGCCUUCCAUUUUUCGGCAAUAACUCGAGUCGUAAUUUUUUGGCAUUUAGGGUUGAUUGAGAUAAUUGCUAUGAUUGUCGGUGCUUAUUCUUAUGCACACUUGGGAUGCUGACGUCACACCCAAAUGUAUCCCCAGAGUGAUGGUCUACAUAGACAGUCUAAGUCUGGUUAUAACACCUGUUUUGUCAGUAAUGUCAAAGGGUUUGAGUGAAAUGUUAACAAUUGUCCACCCAUUGUAUCAUGUUUUUAUUUUAGUUGUAGCAAAUACAUGUUCUUCCACAGACAAACUAACAGAAAACCUUUUUCCGCCCCCAUAAACACCAUUGAAUGCGUGUGUUAUGUUAAUGGACAAUAUUAUUAAUCACCCUCUAAAGCUGCCAAGAUGCGCUGAAUGACCAAUGACAGAAGCAAACAUGGGACCCAGUUAGUGGCUGAAAGAUUUAAGAUCUACAGUCACUAACGUUCUGUUUACAGAAGCUAGAUACUUUUAGGCUAUUUAAAAUGUGUUUUAUGCUUUAUGUUCCUUUCUCAAAAGAACAUUGACAGUUAGGUGACACUUGAUAUAUUGAUGCCCACAACACUCUACUGGUGUAGAUUUUGCCUAAGUGAAUGGGCUUCCAUUUUUCUGGUAUCACUAGUGUCAGAUUCCACUUGUCUCCUGGCCAACAGGUUUUACUAGCCCCUGGUUCUCUGCUGAACAUGCAACACACAAACUUUUACCCAAAGGCCCUCUGAGGUGCAUUACGCAGUACUUAUCAUCAUCAUAAGCAUCUCAACUGAGUUUACAGUCCGUCUGAAUGUUGCUCUUUCAGUUACAGCAUUCAGCGGGGACACAUUGAAGAGAAGAAACCAGUUUGUAAAAAAAUAAAAUAAUAGGGGGGAAUAUUAAAUAGGGGGCAACUCAAUCCAUUUUCUACAUAGUAAAAAACAUUUUCUGCAAACCAUGUUCUUUGCAACAAAAACAAAAAUAAGACUAUAAUUACUAGUCUACAAUCACAACUGUAAUCUAAAUUACAGUACAGAUAAUCCAAAGCACUGUCUCGGUUAAAGGUCCUUCAGCGACCUGUUGAUGUUUGACUGUUUAUAGUACUGUAUGUGUCAUGUACAAAUGUUGAUCAUGUAAACUCAGUAGACUUGAACUGUAACAAGAUGAAUGUAUACAAAACUGUACGUUUCAAAUACCAGUGUCUUUUAAUUCCACGGUUGGUAUGAAUUACAACCGGGAACUGUCUACAGUUAGCAUUUCCAAUCAAUAACUGAAUUACAACCGUAAACUGUCUACAGUAAACAUUACCAAUCAAUAACUGAAUGUCAACACUGUCAACUUUCAUGUCAUACUCAUGAAAGUUGAUGUCCAUCAACCUGUAACACCAUUAUGCAGCAUGUACAAUACAAAUGUGGUUACACAUAUACAGACAAAAUAAAAUCAAUCUUCUCCCUCU